AUGGAAUCAUCUAAACUGAUUCGUUAUGUCUGUAAAAGCAAGAAAGCCACACCCAUAAAAGGGUUUGAGAGGAUGGAUAUGGAGAAGGGUUCAAGAGUGUUGUUUGCUAGAUCAAGAGUUUCUGCUCAGCCAACUGAACAGAUUAUGUUUACUUCAAGCAGUCCAUUAGUUGACCAACUAAAGAAAGUAUCAACUUAUCUAUUUCGGUCGGAAAUUGGCGGUCACGUCAAAGUUUCUGUUAGAAAGAUAAAUGGGAAAUAUGCAGUUUAUGUUGAAGUUUCAUCCUUGGAAUUGGGUGCUAGUGAUAAUAUCAGGCUGAUGCUUAUUUGGGGCAUAUACACGUCUGAUUCGUCAUCUUUCAUGCCUCUCUAUUCAUCCUCUGAUGCCAGGACCAAACAGACCCCAUUCAUACAGAAUUCUGUUAGUAGGUUUGUGCUUGAGUUGGAGUUUGAAGCUAAACAAAGUCCCUUCUAUCUCUCAUUUUUGCUCAAACUUACGUCAAGUGAUGCAGAAAUCAGGAACCACAACAAGGCAAAUUUUUGUGUUCCAGUUGGAUUUGGUCCUGGUUAUCCAGCUCCACUGGCAGGUUGUGUUCUCUGCUUGUAUGAUGAUAGUACAUCAGGAAAGCCUGCCUUAGAGCUUGAUCUAGAUCCAUUUGUUAAUCGAUCUGGUGAUAUCUGGCAUGCCUCACUGGAAGGUGCAUGGACUUUUCUGAGCUAUGGCUAUCGAUGUAAAGGAGCUGUUCUUCAGGGCGACACAGAUAAAUUUGAUGCAGAAUGUGUUCUUUUGGAUCCAUAUGCUAAAAUUAUCAUUAAUUCUGUCACAUGUGAUGCAUCUGGCCUGCUGCCCAAGUAUCUGGGACGAUUAUGCAAAGAACCUGCUUUCGAGUGGAAUGAUGAUGUUCGUCCUAACUUGGCAAUGGAGAAACUAGUUGUUUAUAAGGUGAAUGUGAUGCGUUUUACAGGAGGCAACUCUAGUCAGAUAUCCAGUGAUGUUGCAGGGACCUUUGCUGGUUUGACUGAGAAGUUGAGUCAUUUUAAAGAUCUUGGUGUGAAUGCUGUGCUAUUAGAGCCGAUAUUUCCUUUCGAUGAGCAAAAGGGGCCGUACUUUCCUUGUCAUUUCUUUUCACCAUCAAACCUUUGUGGCCCUUCCAGUGGCUCCGAUGCUGCCAUUAGCUCAAUGAAAGAGAUGGUUAAGAAAUUGCAUGCCAAUGGGAUAGAAGUUUUGCUGGAAGUUGUUUUCACCCAUACCUCUGAAGCUGGAGCAUUACAAGGAAUUGAUGACGCAUCCUACUAUUACAACAGCAGUGCUAUGGAUUUGGAAUCACAAAAUGCUUUGAACUGUAAUUAUCCUAUUGUCCAAAGGAUGAUUUUAGAUAGCCUUCAGCACUGGGUUACUGAGUUUCACAUAGAUGGCUUUUGUUUCAUAAAUGCUUCAUCUCUGUUGAGGUCGUUUGAUGGUGAAUAUUUGUCUCGUCCUCCUUUGGUUGAAGCAAUAGCCUUUGAUCCAUUGCUCUCAAAGACGAAGAUCAUUGCAGAUUGUUGGGAUCCCAAAGGCCUGCAGCCAAAGGAAACAGCCUUUCCUCAUUGGAAGAGAUGGGCUGAAAUAAAUACAAAAUUUUGUCGGGAUGUAAGAAAUUUUUUGAGGGGCGAGGGUCUUCUUAGUGACCUUGCAACACGGCUUUGUGGGAGUGGGGACAUCUUUUCGAGUGGACGAGGCCCAGCUUUCUCUUUCAAUUUUGUCUCCAGGAACUUUGGACUUCCUCUUGUGGACUUGGUCAGCUUCAGUGGCAAUGCGUUAGCUUCAGAAUUAAGCUGGAAUUGUGUUCCUGUUCUUAACAUGGGAGAUGAGUGCGGCCAAUCUUCUGGGGGUUCCACUUCAUAUGGUAACAGAAAACCUUUUGAUUGGAAUGCACUAUCAACGGGUUUUGAAGAGGAGCUUUUGAAGGAAGAAAAUAUUGUCUGGCAUGGAAGUGACCAGAAUCCACCAAGAUGGGAGGAUCCAUCCUGCAAGUUCCUUUCCAUGACAUUGAAGGUUGACAGACCAGAGAGCGGAUUGAGCUCUGAAUCUUCCCAUGUAGAGGGAGACAUGUUCAUUGCUUUCAAUGCAGCAGGCCAUUCAGAGAGUGUCACUCUACCUAAAGCCCUUGGAGGGAUCACAUGGCAUCGCUUGGUUGAUACAGCUCUUCCAUUCCCUGGGUUCUUCUCAAAUGAUGGUGAGCCUGUCAUUCAGCAGACUUAUGAAAUGAAAUCUCACUGCUGCAUUCUACUUGAAGCCAACAUCUCCUCAUCAUUUUCUUCAACACGCAAACAUUUGCAAUUACAUCAACUCAUGGAUACAAAUUCUGCUCUAAGUUCCUUGACUAUGGAACUCUUUAUCACAGAAAAGUUACUUGUUGAGAGGUAG